AUGUUAUUAGACGAUGUGCCUAGUCCACCCGCUCAUAGACUGACAGUAACAGAGAUCUUCGAUGCAGAGACAGGAAAACCUCAACCAGAUGUUCUAAAAAAUCAUUUUAUCGUUGAAGGUAGAGUUGACGAAGCAGCAGCAUUGCGCAUCAUCAAUAAUGGCGCUGAUCUUCUAAGAUCCGAGGAUACAAUGAUCACAGUUGAGGCUCCAGUUACUAUUUGUGGUGAUAUUCAUGGACAGUUCUACGACCUAAUAAAACUAUUUGAAGUUGGAGAUCACCCUGCCGCAGUUAACUACCUCUUUCUAUGCGACUACGUAGAUAGGGGGUACUUCGGUAUCGAGCUAUUUCUACUCAGAGGCAAUCACGAAUGUCGGCAUCUGACAACAUAUUUCACAUUCAAACAAAAGUGCAAGGUAAAAUACUUGGAGACUAUUUACAAUGCGUGUAUGGACGCAUUUGAUUGUUUACCACUAGCAGCCCUGGUAAAUAAUCAGUUUCUGUGUGUUCAUGGUGGCCUGUCACCACAUAUCCACAACUUAAAAAAUAUCCAAAAGGUAACGCUUUAA